AUGGCGGUUCAUGACAAUCUCUCAUCUCGUUUCUUCCUCUUACUAGCAUUAUCACUAUCGUUCGUAUCCAUAGCUCUCACGGAUUCGGAAUCAGAUCUCAUCGGAGACCUUGUUUCGCUCCGAUCAGCCGCCGAAUCAGGCGUGAUCCGUCUCGACGAAGACGGCGUUUCCCGAUUCCUGACCUCCGUAGCCACUCCCAGACCUUACUCCCUCAUAAUAUUCUUCGACGCCGUCUACCUCCACAGCAACAGAGAGCUCCGGCUUCUAGAGUUCCGCCGCGAAUUCAGAAUCGUCUCCGCCUCUUUCAUCGCCAACAACAACAACGAUGGAUCCAACGGAACAAAGAUUUUCUUCUGCGAGAUCGAUUCCGAAUCUCUGUUCCACCGCUUCGCCGUCCAAUCGAUACCGCACGUUUGCCUCGUCGACCCUCUGAUGGAGAAUCUACAGGACAAAUCCGGUCUAAUGAAAGACGGAGACUUCGCCGGAAUGGCGGAGUCAAUGGCAGAGUUCGUCGAGCGUCGAACCAAUCUCUCCGUCGGCCCGAUCCAUCGGCCUCCGCUUCUGUCAAAGACACUGAUCAGUGUAAUCGCAGCCUUGAUCGUAGUCUCGACUCCGAUUCUGAUCAAAAAGCUUCUAAAGGGAGAAACUUUUCUCAACGACCGUAGAUUCUGGCUAUACGGCGCCGUUUUCGUCUACUUCCUCAGCGUCGCCGGCACGAUGCAUAACAUCAUCAAGGAGUCCCCAAUUUACGUCCGAGAUCAUGAAGAUGGAAGCAAGCUGGUUUUGUUCUACCAAGGAUCAGAUUUUCAGUUUGGAGCAGAGGGAUUCAUUGUAGGGUUGUUGUACACUGUGGUUGGAUUGCUCUUGGCGUUUGUCACCAAUGUUCUUGUACGAGUUGAGGACCUCAACGAGCAGAGGGCGGUUAUGUUUUUGGCUCUGUUCACAUCGUUAUGGGCUGUGAGGAAAGUUGUUUACUUGGAUAAUUGGAAGACUGGUUAUGAAAUUUAUCCAUAUUGGCCAUCAAGUUGGCAUUGA